AAUUCCAAAAUACACAGCAGGCGGACUGUAUCGUCAUUCACAUAGCACCAGACUCCUGAGUUUGAAUGUUCCUUCCUUGGAAGAUUUCCAGUGAAAUGCUAAAAGACCACAUGAACUAUUGCUCUUGUAGCCUGUGGUAUCUAAUGACGUGAUCUAUGCUAAGAUUCGUGCUGUGCUUCAUACAAAUACUGUGAUCCUGUGAUGUCAAAAAAGGUGGUGUUUUGGCUUCUCUGCCAGGUGCCAGUCUAGCAGAGCCUGGCUUCCAAGAAAUGCUGAGGAGGAGUGUUAGCUAUGGUUCAGGGACGAAUAAGUUUCUUGGCUGAGUCUGAAUACCCACUUGGGAUAUUUGUAUUUCAUUAUAACUGACACUGAGAAGCAUGUUUGAUUUGGAACAAAUUUCAAGCAGGAACAAGUUUCAGCAUCUGCAUUUCCACUGUGAGCACAAUGAGGGACAAAACAGGUUAGAGCCUGCUUGGCCAAGGGUGGGGACCUCUCAGUUCCCUUGGAACAGAUGGAAGAAGGGGAGGGCAGUACAUGAAUCAGUUAAAAGGAAAGGGAAGGACCAGCUUGAAGAGCUGAUCUUCCUCCCCUUGCAAAAGGGAUACUCUAAGCACCAAGUAUCAGGUGUGUGUCUGAGGAAGCUAAGUGAGGGAGCUGGGGAAAGCCAGCUCCUCCCCCAGAGUGGGAGGCUGUACCUGGUGAUUAACUCUAAAGCAGAAGAGUGAAACACAUGCUGAGUCCUAAAGGAACCUGUUGGGAGGAGCUCAGGAGUACAAGAGGGCCAGAAAAGACCUGGAAUCGCGCAGAGGACUAAUCCAGCUGGAGAGGCACUUCUGAGCAUCAACAUCUCUGGUCAUGUUCAAUUACCUAGCAGUAGAGGUGAGACCCCAGUGCCACCGUAGCUAUGGGGGACAGCAAGGGGUGUCUGGACCACUGAAGAGCCGCCUAGAGCAGCUGAAGAAGCCGUGGUGGAGAGAGCCCACCCCACUGGUGCUUCAGCACAGUGAAACAGCCAGGCUUGCCAUAGAUGCCUUUCUUGAGCAGGGAGAACGUGGCUACCUGAGUGCCAUCACUGAGGAACACGAGCUGCCUUUUCUUUCCGCCCUGGACAUGGAAUAUAUGAGCCAUCAGAGAAACCAAAGCUUUCCAGAUCCAAGUGCAAUGAAAGACAAAGAGGCUGACCCUGGCGAUGAGGACACUGGAGACAGGUCCUCCCUCAACUCUGAACUAACGUCCGGCACCUACUUUCCACUCAUGUCUGAUGUGCACCCUCCAGAGCUGGAGCUGGGGUGGCCAGGGAUGCCACUCCUCACGGUGUCUGGCCAGACUCAAGCCACUGUGAUUUUCCAAAGAAACAAAGCUAACAGCAUUAAGGAUUUGCUCCGGUCUCUGAUCAGCCGGGCACGGACGGUGAUAGCAAUUGUGAUGGAUCUGUUUACAGACAUGGAAAUACUGUGUGACCUUCUGGAGGCCUCAAGCAGACGUCAUGUCCCUGUUUACCUGAUACUGGAUGAAGAGUACUUGAAGCAUUUUGUGGAAAUGUGCAAUAAAAUGGCUUUUACUCAGGACAGCUUCCCAAACAUGCGCAUAAGGUGCUUGAGUGGAGACACAUACUACAGCAAAGCAGGCAAGAAAUUUGCAGGCCAGGUUCUGGAGAAGUUUAUCCUGAUUGACUGUGACCAAGUUCUUGCUGGUACAUACAGUUUCACCUGGCUUUGCAGCCAAGUCCACACCAGUCUGGUGACCCACUUCCGUGGUCAAAUUGUUGCUGAAUUUGACAAGGAAUUCCGGUACUUGUAUGCAGAGUCCAGAGCAGUGACCAGCUUCUGCGUGCCUGAUCCUGAAACAUGUCCCUCUUCUCAGAAUACCUCAAAAGUUGCCAACUCCCUUUUAAAGCCAGCACAGGUGAAUGAUGCGGAAACCUCAAGCCCCUCCAGCAGCCUUUCCAACAUAAGCAUCAGAAGCAUAAAAGUGUCUCCCUUUCUGAAAAACUCCAACUGCAAUGUACAGCAGGAAAACCAAGAUUCAAGCUCUGAUUCUGGUAAUAAGAAGGGGAAGGAAGACACAUCUCUGAAGCCCGUUUGCCCUAAGCAGCAAGGAGAACCACCAGACUCAGCGAACAGUCCUCCAAAUAAAUCUACCCCAGCCUUGUAUCACAAAUCAAAUCUCAUGACAGCAAGGACAUUCUUGCAGCCGGAGGCUUACCCUGCCCUGAACUCCACUAAACCUAGUUAUCAGGGGGACAGUAAGGCUGACAGCAGCCACUGCUCCCCACUAAGCCAGGAGCAGGUAUCGCAGUCCCUUUCAGAGGGCAGCAGUAGCAAUGGGACAAGCAUGAAGCAGAAAGGGCCUGCUGCUACCUCCAGGGAACCAACAGCAGAAAAUGACAACACUUUUGAUAGGAUGGAAAAAAGACAGAGUCCUGGACAGGGAAAACUGGACCUGCUAUCCCCAUAUAAUCAGCUAAAACGAGAUAAAAAGCCUGUAGUUCCUUGCUAUGAUAAACUCACUGAGGACAUGCUGAUGGAAAAGAACAGCGCAUAUGGGGCUGAGAAGCGAAUGACUCUCGGGCACAGUAAGCUGGAUCUGAUCACCAAGUACAACAAGUUAAAAUCUAAGCAUAUACACAGUCGAUUUGAACUCUGACCAGGCCUCAAGGUGUCCUUUGGUCUUAUUUUCAAGUGGUUGCUUUUCCCCACCAAUCAUCAUAUCUGGGACUUGAAAUCAAAAUAUGGGUGGUAGAUUAGUCUCAUUCCUAUUAAAAGGUGUCUGUGCUGUUUCUAAUAUACAUAGAUAACUGAUUCAGAUGAGAUUAGCAAGUACAGUUCAAAUUUUCAAUUACAAGAUCAUUACAGGAGAGAAAAUGACAUAAACAUAAUCCACACUUCUAUGUUCUUUUUACUCAUUUGGGAAAGAACCAUUUCCCCCCAAACACACAUCAAAACCACUGCUACAGCUGGGAACUGUUUGGCCACCGAGGUCUUCAGGGUGAACCCAGGUUCUCUUUGUACUGUGUGAUUCCUCCCCCUGUAUCCAUGUGCUGAAAAUGAAAUGGUCAAAGGCAGGGUAGCCUUGUUAAAAAUAAAGGAGCUGUUCUGCUGGA